AUACACGCCUAUGAAAUAUUUUUAAAAGCGCUUAUAAUUUUAAUUUAUAUAAAAAAUUCUCUGAAAAAAAAAAUAUGAAUGAAUACCAACGAGUGGAAAUGAUGGAAGAUAAGAGAUGGACAAAUAUUUUGAAAUGUGACGUUAUGGAGAAUAUUACAAAAUUGGGAGAUGCAGAGCAACAUGAUCGUCUUGCAGAAAUGGAUAUCAAAUUGCUAAAUGAAAAUAAUCAUCUUCAAGACUUGAAAAAAAAUAUUGGAAAAUAUUAUGAAGAAUUUAAAGUGGUAAAUGGAGACUUUAAAGAUUUAAUUUUAUCAGGGACUGGAAGUAAGAUUUUGUUAGAAAGAUACAGACAUUUACAUCCAGAUAAAAUAAAAUUGAGCAUGAAUAACUCUAUACACACAAUUGCUAAUACAUCAAAUGCACGAGUUAAGCGAUUUAAAAUAGCAUUAGAAAAAUUGGAGGAUAUACAUAGAUACCCGAAUCCGAAGAAAGAUGAUCAGCAACACAUCAAAAGAAAUAAAAUGGAAGCAACAAUGGGAAAAAUUGUAAACAAAGUUAAGAGAAUUGCAUUGGUCGACUCGACCAAAAGAACGACCAAAAAAAUGGUGGAUGGUGUUAAACAAAAUUUAAUCAAGUAUGAUACAGUAAUAGAACAAUUACAGAGCGACGCUAAAUCAAUGGCCGUGAUUAUUAUGAAAGAAAUUGAAACUGGUACAAAUUUUAACCAAGACUCAGUAAAUUAUGUUAAAAGUUAUUUUGCCGAGAAGGAUGCAAAUGAAAAAUGCAUCAAUACAAACACGUCUUACAUAGACAAAAUAAAUGCAAUAAUGGAUUCAAUGGAACGCAGUAGAAAGUCAUUAAUGCAAGAAAAACCAGCCACAAAAAUUGAAGAAAGAUUUUAUUCAGAACUUCCGUGGACAAUUGAUACAACUGAUGAAGCUGAUACCAUUGCUGAAAAUGAUAAAACUAAAGAAACAAAAAAUAAUAACAGUAAUUGGUGUAGUAAUAUUUCACAAUUUGGAAUAAUGUACUAUGUCCAUCCAGAUGACAAAACUAAAUUUUUGAACAAUUUAAAAAAUGAUAUAAAUGCUUCAUCCAUCGACUAUAAGUUUCCUGAAAAUAUCUUUAAUUAUGUAACUCUUAGUGAUAUUCAACCAACAAAUGAUGAAUUAGCCGCCGAUUACAUAUUACAUCAAUCAGAAUAUAAUAAUAUAGAAGAUUUAGUAAAAUAUGUUGAGUGUACCAAAAAUGAUUUAAUGAACUUAAGCAAAUUGUCAGCUUUAAGAACAACUUUACGGAAUUUAUUAUUGAAGGAAAGGUUGUGUAAAAAAGAAACUAUAGAUAAAUUGAAACUUUUGACUAUCAAAGAUAUUGAAUUUACUAAACAAGUGGAGAGUUUCAAAACAUACAUUGGUGACCAAAAUAAAAAAAUGUCUGAUCUUGAAAAUAUCAAAGCUCACUAUUUGAAAUUGUUUAAUGAUUUGUAUUUCUACUUGGACAAUAUUAAAAUCAUACUUAAAAAACUUGAUGUUACAAUUGACGAUUCUAAACAAUUAGAAUUUAUCAAAAAUCUUACUUCACAAGAAAAUACAAUAGAUACUGCUACUGAAGAAUUAAUGACAUCAAUAGAAGAUAUAAAAUCUAUGAUCGUCGUAAUUAAUGGAAAAUUUAGAUGGUGUAAUUUGAUAAUUCCGGAUGAAUUUGAUUCCAAACAAUUGAAUUUUGCUCGUGCGAUGUAUGUGUAUAAAGUUCAAGAAUUCAUACAGGCAGAGUUAAUGAUGAAAAAAAUGAAAUUCUCCCUUUUAAUAAAAAAAAGUAAAGCGGCAGAUAUGCCAAAAAAAUCUGAAUACAUCUUAACUAGAGAUGAUAUGAAAAGACAAGCUGAACAAAUUGUAAAAAUGUUCAAUGAAAAGGAUACGGAUAGUUCGAAAAAUAAGAGAAAACCAAUCUCUUUCAGAAAAAGUUUUAUAUAGGUGGUUUGAAGCAAUUAAUCAAAAUUUAUUUGUUUGGAUUUGCAAAUAAAUGAAAAUUGUAAUCAAUCAAUACUUUUAAGUUUAAAACAAAAUUCAAACAACACUGCAGCAUUUUAUAGUCGUAUAGAUUCUUCAUUAGUCAUUGCCAUUGCCUAUUGUUUCUAAGCUUUAUUUAUUAAAUAGUUAUUAAGCCAUGCCCUGUAGGCUGUAGGGCUGUAGACAUUAUUUGUUACAUUUUUUAAUCAAUGCAAAAGUACUGCUCAGAAACAUAAUAAACGCGAACGCGAAGAAUUGUCUCUUUUAAAUUUUACUGUUAACGAACACCCGUAUAGUGGUAGAUUGAGGUUUUGGGAAAAUAUGUGUUUAGCGAAAAUGUCGUCUCAAACAAAAUGUUGUUCAUAACAAAUUUCUACCUUAUCUAUUAGGAACUUAUGACAGAUAAGAGACGACGAGUAAGCCAGAAACACAUUUUACAAUUUUUUGUUAUAUAUUUUCUAUUUAAUUUAUUACUUGAGCUACUAGGUUUUAAGUACACUAUAAAAAUGUUUUUGAAUACUAUUCGUACAUUGUCGUCUUCACUUUUCAAAGUAUCAAGUGGUCUAUCAACUGGUAACCAUAUUGUGCCUAAAAAUGGAAGAAAUGUGUACACAAGUGUGGUCAAAUAUAAUGAAUUGUCAACUAAAGACGAAGUGGAACGAGAUUCGCCAAAAGAUAGGUCUACUGUGAUUCCGGCUGAAACUAGUAUUGAAUAUCUAAAAAGUGAUGCAUACAAAUCCACUUAUGGAGAUAAUCCUGUAUGGAAAGAAUAUCGCCGUAAUCACAAAGGAAGUAUUCCACCCAACAAAACUAGGAAAACGUGUAUU